AUGGAAUACACGGUAAACGAAAUCACAGGUCAAAGUACGUGCACAGAAUCAGGACGCUACUCAACCACACCUGACGAUGACAACACUACCACCUCCGAUAACGACACAACUACCACUGCAAAAUAUUCUAAUCCCGAUGAAGAUGAAUUUCUCUUAAUGCUGUGGAAGAAUUUAUUUCAAAAAGUGAAUACCCUAUUGGCAGAGACAAAGAAAAUAAAUGGUGAAGCGGAUAAAAUGAGCAGUGAAAUUACAAACAUGAAUAGAGAAAUAAAUAAACUAAACAACAAUCUUGUGGAUGUGAAUCAGAAAAUUGAUGGUUUGACCAAAAGGCAAGAGGAACAAAAAAAGAAUGUGGAAAAAAUACUGAAGCAAAUAUCACCGAUGAAUGUCACCUUGAGGGAUGAGGAAAACCUUAAAACUUUACAACAUUGGACAACAAUCCUUAGACGAAUAGACGGCUCUGUAAAUUUUUACAGGAACUGGAGAGGUUAUAAAGUGGGUUUCGGUAAUCCACCUCAUGGCGAAUUCUUCAUUGGUCUGGACAAACUGCAUGAAUUGACAACAGCUGUUCCAAACAUAGAACUUAAAGUGAUUUUAAGAGAUUGGAAUGGUGAAGAACGUUAUGCUCUCUACGAUGGGUUUCGUAUUGGAAAUGAAGCAGAGCAAUAUGAAAUGAAGGUACUAGGCAAAUAUAGGGGCACUGCUGGAGAUUCUUUGGAAUAUCACAAAGGUAGAAAGUUUUCUACCUUUGAUGAAGAGAAUGAUAUUGAUAUUACGAAUUGUGCCCAGUCAGCGAACGGGGCUUGGUGGUUUGGUGCAUGUUAUUUCAGUCAUCUAUUUGGACCAUAUCGAAGUGGCAUUCACUGGUGGCAUUGGAAGAAUGCUUAUUAUUCAUUUAAAAAUGCUGAAAUGCUCAUUAGAGCAAAAUCCGAAUAA